AUGAAUGAAAGGCAGGCUGAUAAGAAUCGAAAUCUCCGAGAUAGAAGCGAAGUAGAUGAAAAAAGUUACUUGGAUUUGAAGAUCAGACCAACAAACACACGCCUGACAUCGUCACGAGCCACAAACGUCAACACGUCUGCCUGCCACCACCACCACAACCACAACACCACCACCAGAACCACAACCACCACCAGAACCACAACCACAGCCCCUAAGCGAGACAAAAACGCUAAUAAGAACCAAGCAGAAUCGACCGAGGGUUCGGAGGUGGCUAUAACAGAGAGCAGUGCCAAACCUUCGACCACUGAAAAAUCUGCCAGCGCUGCCGAAUCGUCGGAGGUUGCGUCCACAAAAGCAGCGACACCCAGCAGUGCCUCUGAACCACCAGCUGCGACUUCAACUUCAGAGAAUGUCAAACCCGUUGAACCGUCGAAAGGUAAAAAACUUCCUCCGCAAUCGAGCCCACAACCGCCAACAGCUGAUUCAAAAUUAUCGCCUAGUGAAGCAAAAACAUCCGGCAAAGCAAAAUCGCCAGGCAUAGCUAAAACUUCCGCCAAGAUUAAAACUACUCAAAAGGUUAAAACAUCCGUUCAAGCAAAACCCCCCUCCCUUCUGAAGCCAAUCAAAAUCACAAAAAAGUCCAAAACAACAAAGAAAAUUGCCAAAUCCCUGACCUCGACAAGUAGCGAGAUAAAAGUUCUGCCGGUUGCAACCAAGUCAAAAGUGAAGAAGAAAACUUCGAAGACAAAAAUUACGAAGACGAUCACCAAGAAAAGCGAAACCUCGAGUAGCAGCAGCGAGUCGGAGACUGCCAAAACUUCAACGAAAGCAGCGUCAACAACAACGACGACCGUCACCUCAAGCAGCGAAGAGCCACCAUUCCCGCAAACCUCUCGCUUCCGGUACAAACUCUUCAACAAGUUCGGCGACCGACUGAAGGAGAGUGACCUUCUGUACAAGGACCAGCGCAAGAAAAUCUGGAAGCAGGCGAGUCCUUACGUCAUAAGCAAGAGUGGGAAGGCCGACCUUCAGUGUGGCUCCUUCUCGGCAUCCGACCUCAACUUCGAUUGGAACCACCUGAAGAGAUUUUUUAAGAUGCUGGCCGCUAGUUUCAAGCUGACCAAACAGAAAAUUAAAGACAAGUACGUCAGCGAGAGGUCGCCAAAAGCAUCGACUUCCUUGUUUGAAAAUGAAACUGUCCCUUAUAAGAAAGUAGUAGCAAGACACAGCGAAAGUGAUUCUCAGUUCUUCAACAAACAGCCGGCCAACGCAUGCCAGUGCAAGUGUUGCUGCAACGCCAAACCAGCCAGUCACACCGUCCCUAACAUGUACAACACCCUGAACGCACCUCAAUACAUACCUGUUAAGACCACUACAAGCACAAGGGCACCAACACCCUAUCCGAUUCGAAACAAAAUAAUGUCUCAAUACACGAGAAACGUGACGUCACAAAACAUGCAGCAACAACAGCAGCCACUCCAUCCACAACUACAACAGCAACAAACAAUGAUGCCAACCGCAACGACCACUGCCACUUACAAGUGUCACCUACAUACCGACUUGCAUUCAACGGAUAACAGGGAUCAACAAUUUAAUUCUUAUGAUCUCAUUGCCUUGCCAAUUCCAGCCUUAAGGAAAAUUGCCGAUAUUAAUCAUCAGGCGCCACAGCCACAAUAUCUCAUGCAGCAGCAGCAGCAGCAGCAACAACAACAGCAGCAGCAACAACAUCAAAAGCCGUCUCGAAACUUCAUGAGGAAAAGUUCUCGCAAAUACCUUCCUACCAUUGUUGACAGCUACCAAACAUUUUACAGAUACAAAGGGAGCAGUUUGAAUCCGUCAGCUUCGACGACGUCAACAAUGACGUUCAGACUGAAGAGGAUGCGCUCCAGCACGAACUCGACCACAACCACACGAACCGCAGCGGCCACUCGUCGCAAGAGGACAGCGGCCGCAAAAAAAUUCUUCCACCAAUGCAACUACAACAACCUGCCGAGAGACCAGAUGAUUGAGUUCUCGCAUUUUAAAAAACUAUUCGAUCGAGUUAUGACUUUACCGAUACCGAAAAAAUCGACUACUGUGAAAUCGGUGGCCAAUGCAGCCGCUACGACUACUACUACUACAAAAAAUGAGACGGUGUCCGAAUCGAGUAGAAUCGAUUUUAAUAUCGAUGAGGAUUACGAAGGAGAGGAAAAGUUUCGGGAUAAGAUGGCGAGAGGUAUGCACUCGGAUGAGUCAGUGGCGAAGAUAAUGAACAUGAGGGAGGAGUUGAUGGACAUAGCUAAGAGGGUAAAGAACAAAUGCUUUGACCUCGUGACCUUGCAGCAGAUGAAAAAGAUUGAGAAAACUUUGAAUGACCAUCUGCUGAGUAGUACCCAUAUCAGACGUUCUCAACAACAACAACAGCAACAACAAGAAUAG